AUGGCUGACCCCGUUGGAGAGCCACACGGGGCUUUGGCCGUUGACACGUUUGACGAUGAUGACUCCGCUAUCUCGACUCUAAACACAUCAAGUCUUACGUCCCUUCGAUCUAGCGUGCUCAGAGUCCAAGAGGAAAACGGUAGAACCUAUCAUUCUAUGAGCUCCGGCAAAUACAAUUACCCAAACGAUGAGAGAGAAAAUGAUCGACUUGACAUUCAACACAAUGUGUGGCUCCUCACCCUAGAUGGUGAGCUUGGCUUGUCGCCCAAGAUAAGCGAGCCGGCGAAGCGCGUCCUCGAUGCAGGCACUGGAACUGGUAUCUGGGCGGUCGAGUAUGCCGACCUCCAUCCUGAAUCAGAGGUAAUCGGCGUUGAUCUUAGCCCAAUCCAGCCUUCACUGGUCCCUCCCAACUGCACAUUCGAGGUGGACGAUCUGGAGAAAGAAUGGACUUGGUCCCAGAAGUUCGAUCUGGUCUUAUCUCGUGUCAUGACGGGAUGUUUCGUCGACAUGCAAGAGUUCGUCCACAAAGCAUAUGCGCACCUAGAGCCCGGUGGUUAUUUGGAAAUGCAGGACCUGACAAACCCUCUUGCUUGUGAUGACGGCACACUUCACGAGGGCCUCGAACUGUAUCGACUGGGUCACCUCUUGGUCGAGGCGAGCGAUAAGGCCGGACGCCCUAACAACACUGCACCUAAGUACAAGGAAUACCUCGAAAAGGCAGGCUUUGUCGAUGUGGUCGAGAAGAAGCUCAAGUGGCCUCUCAACCGUUGGCCAAAGGACAAGAAGUACAAAGAGAUCGGAACUUGGACAUGCGUGAACUUGACUAGUGGACUUGAAGGUUUGCUUCUUGCUUUGCUUACGAGGUUUCUCGGCUGGGAGCCUGAAGAGGUCCUGGCAUUCUGCACCUUAGUCAGAAAGCAGCUCAGAGACACUUCGAUCCAUGCGUAUAUUCCAGUAUACGUUGUAUACGGGAAGAAGCCAGAGACGGCAGCUGAACCGUCUCCCAGCCCUUAG